AUGGUUCAAGUGAGAGCACCCUUGCUUUAUAAAUUUUUAACCUUGAUUGUAGUAUGGCUUGUCUUGUAUUUGCUCAUGUUUUGGUCAAAUACACGGAGACAUGAUCCAAUAAACAGAUACUUAGUGAGACAGAACUGUGAUACCAAACUGAAAUUCGGUGAGAUGUGCCCGACUCUUUACACUGACUUGGGAGGGAAGUGUGUCCUCAGUGGCACUGUCCUCGAUUGUCCGGACAUUCGACACAAGGCGAAAGCAAGAAUGAGGCAAGCCCAGCUUGUGAUGGUUAGAAUGUUACGGAUAUUCCAUCUGAUUGCCACGAAACACAAUAUACGUUAUUGGAUAAGCGCGGGUACAUUAAUAGGCGCAGCAAGACACAAAGGAUUUAUCCCCUGGGAUCACGACGUGGAUGUAGAAUUGACACUGACAGAUUACAUAAAGUUUGUUACGGUAGGAAGUAAAGAUCUUCCCGAAGAUAUUUUCUUUCAGAAUUCACAAACAGACAGUCACAUCCGGGAGGCAGCUAUCGCGGACGCCCAACUGACACCCAAAAGGCAUCCGAGUCAUCCCAAAAUAGGGUAUUACAAAUCCCCUUUCAAUGGUCGUCUAAGAGACAAAGCUAGUUGCUAUGGGUACUGCUUGCUGUACGGCUGCGAUUGGCAUGAUGGGCUUCAAGUGGAUAUAUUCGUUACUGAAAGGAAGGUCAAAGACGUAUUUCCAUUAAAGGAGAUGGAAUUUGAGGGGUUUGUAUUUCCUGUUCCUAAAAACUGGUCCGAGGAUCUACAGGGAUCCUACGGUGAAGAUGUACUCAAAAUACCUCGCCAAAGUUCGGAUCAACAACCACAAAUUCUGCCUCACCCGACGACCAACUGCCAGAGGCUCGCCGAAGAAAAAGUAGAAUUCGAUUAA